CCACGCCCACGUACUAUCACGCACCACUUGCUUCGUCCAGAAGAAAGAGGGCCUCGAGACCCCCGCUCCUUCCUGAUGCACGCAACGUCUCAUCCCCUUCCCAAAAAUUUCGCUCCAUCUGGCGAUGCGCCCGCCGCUGCCCCCGUGCUGCUUUUCUCUCCUCUCCUUCAAGCGGAUCGGCUGAUGAGGCGCCGAGGUGGCGGAGCCGUGGAGGCGAGGUCGCAUGGGGAACAAGAUGUCGUUGAUAAAGGCGGCGCUGGCCUUCUUCCCGUUGGAGCCGGCGUCGUACGAGAUGGCAGCGGCCGAGGGGGUGAAGGUGGGGGAAUUUGAGGAGCAGCAAGCCAGGAGGUCUGACCCUCCCCUCAGCGACGGCUGGGUCAGGGUGGGGGCAGAAGCCCGUGGCGAGUUGGGCACCUGUAGGCGGAAGCAGCAGGGUUGGUGGAGGGGCGGAUGCGGACGGGCGGCAGUUGAGGGAGGAUGGCCGGCCGGAGCGAUAGGAGCAGUUCGGGAAUCCCAUCGCAUGAGGCUGCGCUCGUUUGUUUUUCUUUCGUUUGUUCCUGUCAUCCCCGCCCCUUGCGCCGGAGAGACGAACGAGGAGGUCGAAUAGUGCGUAGCGUCAUCUCUAUCGUCCUUAUCCAAUUACAAGCUCCUCUACCAGGUUGAGUUUGCUGACCGCCAUGGGUCAUGAGUGUGGCCACGAUGAAUCACAUGAGCAAGUUCAACUUCUCCAUGACUACAUCCAUCAGUUUUCCGGCUACUUUGCAUUCUUCAGAUAUGCAGUUUUGUUUUAUAUCUGCACAUCUCAUCUUGGCAUGAGUGUUUCCUAAAAAAAAAUCACUGCUGCUGCCUUAUCUUCAGUAUAUGGAUUUCUGCAGGUUUCAUUGGCCGAUGGCUUUUUGGGAUAUGUAUUGCUUGGUCGCAUGCUCAUCAAUUGUUGUCAAAGUGACAACCCUCAACUGGAUUUCUUAUCUUUGUCGUAUGUCAACAAAUUAAAUGAUGCAGAUGUAGAUAUAUAAAAGGUACUAGCAAAUUGACAUGUCGACAUGUGUCUCUUUCUUACUUCCACAUUGAUAAAUCAUGCCAACAGAACUAAAAUUUCGACUGUCCCUCUCGUUCAAUGCAACAAUUUGAGUUCUAGCAUACUAGAUUGACACCCAUUCAUCAUGCCAUCAAGUUCCUAAGGCAUUGUUCAAUAUUCAGUAAUAUUAAAAAUUGAUCUUAUAUUAUUUGUAUCUCCUCGGAGAUAAUCAUACCGUUUCAGUUUGAUGUUUAUUCGGUAAGCGAAGGUAUAUAUCUGUUCACCCUUCUAAGGUGUAGAAGGAGAUCAUAAUUUCGAAUUGUCCAGGAGUGUUUGGCAGAAAAUCUUCCAUUGCUUUGUUAUGGUACUGAACCUUGGUAUGUCUUGGUUCUUCUUUAGGAUUCACCUAUAUGAACGUGGUGAACAUCAUUGUUGAGAAGAAGACACAUUUAAGCUAUCAAUUCUAGAUCUCUAUUUUUUAGGCUAUGCAGCUGAUACUUUUCUUACUUUGCUAGCUUUACUAUUUGUAUCUCCAUGUUCAGGGCUGUGAUGUAUAUUCUUUCUUUUUCCAAUACACAUGAGUGAGCAUAUUUAAGUACAGUGAUGCUGAAUGGGAGACAUUUUUUCUUUCAUUCUGUUUGCAUGUUAUGUACUAUUUUUUCCCAAUGAAAUAUGUCAUCUUUUCUUCCUUAUAUUUGGCUUCAAACUGGUGCUGAACAGACCUGUGUCAUAACCUCAUAUGUGAUUAACUAACAUAUCCUUGGAUGUCUUAGUAAGCUCAAGGACUGUGGGAGCUGAACUAAUGAUUUUUACAGUGUCACAAUGAAGGUUUCGCUAAAGGUAGCGGGUGUUUCUGAACCUGUAAGUUCAUUUUGUUUUCUUUAGUUCUAUGU